CCCUACCAGAUGAUGGCAGAGAUGUGCAAAACCGUUACUUGCCAAACUAACGUUUGAAGAAGAAGACAGUUGCAUUGACUAUGAAGAUUCCGCGUUAUUAACAACAUGUUGGGGCUACUUUUACCUGUCUAAGGCAAGUUUUAAGUCUGUAUUUAAAACCUGUAGGUGGAGUGAGCAUAAAAAAGCUAUCUCUUGCAUCAUGUUUAUCUUUAAAUGUGCGCCAUUCGCUGGAGGUUUUCGGAUACUUCGGUACACUUCCCUCACUUUCGGUUUUUUCUUAGCCUGUCAUCGCUCCAGUUCCCGCAGGGGGGCGAGUCCGUACAACUCAGUGGACAGUGAGCGCUAUUCGUCUCUUGUCAAGUCUGUCACGUCUUCUAGGGCCAGUUCGCAAACGCCCGAGACCAUUCAAGCUGAGGAUGAGCACGUGUUUGGACCAGUUAUUAAAGUUCAGACUACGUCAAGGGAAGUGACGAAGCUGCCCAAAGUAAUGCAUCCCUUCUCACAUUCCGAGGACACUCCAGAAACGGAGGAUAGUGAUUCAGCACCUCCAGUCCAGAUUGCAUUGAACCGGGACCAAGGUCGGUCGUCCUUACCGAGUGUGACCAGGAUUCUUCAGGCGACACUUUCACCAGAGCAGCUCUUUUUUCUGGAGAGAUGGAAGAGGAAGAUGGUUGCCGAACUGGGGGAGGACGGUUUCAAAGACUACACCAAAAAUUUGUUUAGGCAAGGGAAACUUUUCCAUUCGGCACUGGAGGACGUUCUGAUGUCAGGUACAACAAGGGAAGACGAUCAGCAUGCACCUGAUGUACUUGGAUACAUGAAGAGCGUCGCUUACAUUCUGGACGAUGUAAGCUCUGCAAGAGCUAUUGAGAGUAGUGUGCGGCAUGACACGCUCAACUAUUUGGGCAUUGUGGACUGUGUGGCCCGCUACAGCUCUUGUGACAGGCCGUGCUUCCUCAGAAGCCGCAAGAAGUACAUCCUUUGCUGGGCUUUUUUGAGGAUGGAGUUGAUGUUCGUCCCCCACUUCAGGUCCUUUGAGAUUGUAAUUCCCAAGAACUUGAAGGUCUUGACGGUUGACACAAGACAGUUGGACAGAGUCAAGGGCAGCUGUGGUGAAGGAUGCCUCCUGAAGUCCACAAUCAUCUUAGAGCAGGGGUAUCAAACUCAUUUCACAUUGUGGGCCAUAUACGGCCUGGGUAGAUGUCAAGUGGGCCGAACCAUUAAAAUGAUACCAUACUCUGCUAUAAAUAACCAAAAUAUUAUGUCUCUCCUUUGUUUUGGUGUAAAGAAGCACAAGAACAUUAGGAAAAUGUUGAAAUUUAAUGAACAUUCUUUUUACAAAACAUUUCAUGAAACACCUCAGAUUUUAUUUGACAAAUGUUCAAUAUACUUUUAUCAUUCACAAAUAUGCAUUGCAACUGAUCCCACUGAUUGUACAAAGGCACAAAACUUUAUCAAGUCAUUGGUAUUGAAAAAUAUAGUAAUGUACUUUAAGAUUAAAUGAGAUCUAUAAAUGAAUUUUUAAAGCAUUUACACAUGUGCAUAUAAAAUUUAAAUUUAAUCCUUGCCUACAUCUUACAAACUAAGGAGAGUGUAAUUAAAUGUGUAAAGAAAAAAGUAUUCACAUGUCCUGUAAAUGUGUAAACUUCAUACAUGAAACACACAUACAAGACAUACUGAAAAUUCAUGGAGUGGCAUGAACAGUAGAAUUUUACCAUACUUUUUUUAUAGUUAAGUUGACGAUCUCCUCCAUUAAGGACUUGUACUUUCUCCCUGAACUUUGUCGCAACACCGGCUUUCUUUCCUACCAUGGAUGGGGUGCCG